UAUGUGUUGUUAUAAUUAUACCAAUAAAAAAUGAAGCAUGGCCAAAGGUGUAACAUAGCUGUACAGUCCUUACCUAACACAUCAAGGCCCCAGAUUCAAUUUCCAGUACACCAAAAGAGAAAAAGACAAGACCUGACAAGCUACAGUUGAUCUGAGCCAAACUCUCCUAAUUGGCUAAUGGAGAUGAUUAGUCAAGAAACUGUAUCUAAGUCCAUCCCACUUCCUACGCCCUACCCCACCCCACCCCAGGUCCUGCUUUCCCUGCGCAUCUUGUUACUGAUGAAGCCCAGCGUGCUGUCCAGAGUCAGCCACCAGGUGGCAUAUGGGCUGCAUGAGCUCCUCAAGACGAACGCCGCCAACAUCCACUCCGGUGAUGACUGGGCCACCCUCUUCACGUUGCUGGAGUGCAUCGGCUCAGGCGUGAAGCCUCCAGAUACUCUACAGGCCACGGCCAGGGCUGAUGCUCCUGAUGCUGGAGCACAGUCAGACAGUGAGCUCCCAUUCUACCAUCAAAAUGAUGUCAGCCUGGACCGGGGGUACACUUCCGACUCAGAAGUCUACACUGACCACGGCAGGCCUAGCAAGAUACACCGAUCAGCCACAGAUGCCGACAUGGUCAACAGUGGUUGGUUAGUGGUUGGGAAGGAUGACAUUGAUAACUCCAAACCAGGAGCGGGGCUCAGCAGGCCAGGCCCUUCACCCCUGGUCAAUCAGUACAGCCUCACAGUGGGCCUGGACCUGGGACCACAUGACACUAAGUCCCUGCUUAAGUGUGUGGAGUCACUGUCCUUCAUUGUUCGUGAUGCUGCUCACAUCACCCCAGACAACUUUGAACUCUGUGUCAAGACUCUCCGCAUCUUUGUAGAAGCCAGCCUGAAUGGUGGGUGCAAGUCCCAGGAUAAACGUGGCAAGAAUCACAAAUAUGACAGCAAAGGUAACCGCUUCAAGAAAAAAACCAAGGAAGGCUCAAUGCUUCGGCGGCCCCGAGCCUCCAAUCAACAUGCCACUCGGGGUGGACACAGUGAUGAAGAGGAGGAUGAAGGUGUGCCUGCCAGCUACCACACGGUGUCUUUACAGGUCAGUCAGGACUUGCUAGACCUGAUGCACACCCUGCACACUCGGGCAGCCUCCAUCUACAGUUCCUGGGCAGAGGAGCAGCGCCACCUGGAGACAGGCGGCCGGAAGAUUGAAGCCGAUUCACGCACCCUCUGGGCUCACUGCUGGUGCCCUUUAUUACAAGGUAUCGCCUGCCUGUGCUGCGAUGCCCGGCGCCAGGUGCGGAUGCAGGCCCUGACAUACCUGCAGCGUGCCCUUCUGGUACAUGACCUUCAAAAGCUAGAUGCCCUGGAGUGGGAAUCCUGCUUUAACAAGGUGCUGUUUCCUCUACUGACCAAGCUUUUAGAGAAUAUCAGUCCUGCAGAUGUGGGCGGGAUGGAGGAGACCCGGAUGAGGGCUUCCACACUGCUCUCAAAGGUCUUCCUGCAGCACCUGUCUCCACUGCUGUCGCUGUCCACCUUCGCCGCCCUGUGGCUCACCAUUCUGGACUUCAUGGACAAGUACAUGCAUGCAGGUUCCAGUGAUUUGCUGUCAGAAGCCAUCCCUGAGUCUCUGAAGAACAUGCUCCUGGUGAUGGACACAGCAGAGAUUUUCCACAGUGCAGAUGCAAGAGGAGGUGGUCCCUCUGCUCUCUGGGAGAUCACCUGGGAGCGCAUUGAUUGCUUUUUGCCACACUUACGGGAUGAGCUCUUCAAGCAGACUGUCAUCCAGGACCCCGUGCUCACAGAACCUCCCAGCCAAAAACCUCUGGCCUCUGCCCACCUGAGUCCUGCUGCUGGUGAUCCCAGGAUGCCCGGCAAUCCACCUCCCCCAGAGAUACCCUCAGAAGUGGGGGCUUGUGACUCGGAGAAGCCUGAGAGCAACCGAGCUGCCAGCAGCAGCUCCCCUGGCUCACCAGUGGCCUCUAGCCCCAGCAGACUGAGUCCUGUCCCAGAAGGACCUCCCCCAUUAGCCCAGCCCCCACUAAUCCUACAACCCUUGACCUCCCCACUGCAGGUGGGCGUGCCACCCAUGACCCUGCCCAUCAUCCUGAACCCUGCACUUAUUGAGGCCACCUCUCCGGUGCCUCUCUUAGCCACACCCCGCCCUACAGACCCCAUUCCCACCUCUGAAGUCAACUAAGGCAGGUCCCUGAGAGAUCAGGACCAUUCCUUCCCACAAGGCAUUCUAGGCCCUGCUUCCAGUCUCAGGGGCCACAGAAAUCUACAGGCCCAAAGCAAGCUGAUGUUGCUACUACUUGAUGGGGGAAAUGAGAACUUUUAGAGUCCCAGCUGGGAUCCACUUCAGGCUGUGAGACUCUUCCUCUGCCAGUCAUUCCUGAGCUUCCAAGCUGACAGUGGAUGCAGGCAUAACCUGUAGCCUCUGCCUCCAGCCUGGCAGCCCUGGGGAGGCAUAGAGCCAACCCUGCAGUGCCAACCCUGCAGUGCCUGCCAUGUGCCCCUCCUGCCAGGUUAAGCAUUAAGAGCCAAGCCCAACCACUCUGCACUUUGUUCCUCUCUCCAUCCAGUCCCAUCAGCCCUGGGCCACCUCCUCCAAUUCCUUUUCCUUCAUUAAAUAGUUGGUCAGUUUGGAGUUGCUUGGCACCAUGGAGGUUGGACAGGUAGGACUCGAUGAGGGGGUCUGCCCACAGGAGCAUGUACAUAUGGGAAAUGACAACAAUGGACUUUUUAUGAUGUAAUAAAUGUCUUGGUACCAACACA